UUCACCAUCAGAGGCUAUAGUCAAGUCUACAUUCCCAUGCUGGUAUAGAGGGGGAUCUGGUAGUAAAUGUACAGGGAUCUGGGAGCAGAUCGGCAGCUGCUGAAGCCAACGAGCAGGGUGGCCACGCCCCUGGCCUGGGAUUUGCACCACCCCAAGGGCUGGGUGUGAUCUUCCAGCAACAGGAGGUCUUCCUGUAAUAGGGACAGCCCCCUGACUAAAACCUUUUAUUGGGGCAAAAAUCAGCUCUCCCUUCCUCUUUUAAUUUUUUUUUUUUUAAAGCAAAGAUUGGAACGGCUACAGCAGAACAGGCCCAGGGAGGUUUUUCCUUUCUCUAGGUGUGAUCUGAAUGGAGAGUCCUCUCCCCCCCCUCCACCGUGGGGGGGAUUGUGAGGAGGCACCCCAGAAAUAUUGUUGACGGGUGUUGUUGCUUCUGAGCGCAUGGGAGAGGAUGCAAAGGCAGAGAGAGGAGCAUGCUCACUCAUGCAAGCAGCAUUUGCCCAAGCCAGAACAGUUGUGUUUUAUCCAUCCACAAUUUCUCUCCUUCUUCCUCCUCCUCUUCCUCUUCCUCCUCCUUCUCCCUGAGAUCCAUCUCUCUAGAUGUCUGCUGCGUUUGAAGGAGCUGGAAUUUUGGAACCGAUAAAUGAGGGCCUGUUGUCUAGAAUCUCGGAUCUUUUGCUGUGCAGAUGGACCUGUCGCAACUGUUGUCAGAAGUGCUACGAGUGCAGCUGUUGCCAGUCCAACGAAGACGAGGUGGAAAUCCUGGGGCCUUUUCCAGCUCAAACCCCUCCCUGGUUGCUAAGCAAUCGAAGUGAAGACAAAAAUGGCAACACGGAUAACGCAACGGGUGAACCAUCCCCAAUCCCUCAGAAUGUUUCACUGGACAGAAGACGGUCGUCCACGGAUACCUCCCGUUCCACUUACAGCCUUACAAGACGAAUUUCAAGUCUAGAGCUGAGGAGACCAAGUUCUCCCCUGGUUGACAUUAAGCCCAUCGAGUUUGGAAUUCUAGGCUCCAAAAAGGAGAUUGUCCAGCCCAGCAUCCUGCGGAAAACCUACACUCCGGAUGAGUAUUUUAGGAAAUUCGAGCCAGGACUGUAUUCUCUUGAUUCAAAUAGCGACGAUCUGGAUUCCUUGACGGACGAAGAGAUCUUAGCCAAGUAUCAGCUGGGGAAGCUCCAUUUUAGCACUCAGUACGAUCUCUUGCACAACUAUCUCAUUGUCCGGGUCAUUGAAGCCAAGGACCUGCCUCCCCCCAUCUCCUACGAUGGCGCCAGGCAAGACAUGGCCCACUCAAACCCCUAUGUGAAGAUCUGUCUCCUUCCCGACCAGAAGAACUCAAAGCAGACGGGGGUCAAGCGCAAGACCCAGAACCCCAUCUUUGAAGAGAGGUACAUGUUCGACAUCCCGUUUUUGGAAGCUCAGAGGAGGACUCUGCUCUUGACCGUGGUGGAUUUCGACAAAUUUUCACGCCACUGUGUCAUCGGGAAGGUGUCCAUGCCGCUGAGUGAGGUGGACCUGGUGAAGGGCGGCCACUGGUGGAAAGCGCUGGUGCCCAGUUCUCAGAACGAAGUUGAGCUGGGAGAGCUUUUGCUCUCAUUAAACUACCUUCCCAGUGCGGGGAGACUCAAUGUGGACAUAAUUAGAGCAAAGCAGUUACUGCAGACUGAUAUGAGCCAAGGGUCAGAUCCUUUUGUGAAAAUCCAGCUUGUUCAUGGGUUAAAAUUAGCCAAGACAAAGAAGACCUCCUGUAUGAAGGCCACCAUUGAUCCUUUCUACAACGAGUCCUUCAGCUUCAAGGUGGCACAAGAAGAACUUGAAAAUACUAGCCUGGUUUUCACAGUCUACGGCCACAAUGUGAAAAGCAGCAACGACUUCAUCGGGAGAAUUGUCAUUGGCCAGUAUUCGACAGGUUCCUCAGAGUCUAAGCACUGGCGACGGAUGCUCACCUCCCACCGUACCGCCAUUGAGCAGUGGCACAGCCUCCGCUCGCGAGCCGAGUGUGACCGAGUCUCGCCAGCUUCCCUGGAGGUGACGUGAGCCACCAAUGCUGCUCCAGAGGCCCGUCAGACCAGUCCCCUCCAUGCACGCUGUAUACAAGUUCAUUGCCUUUGGAUUGACCAUCCACAACCGUUGGCAGCGCAAUGUUUGCCAUUGAUCACUGAGUGUUGGUCAUCUUCAAGUCUCACCUGCAGUUUUAGUUGUCUCAGGUUAUCCAAGAUGCUCUUGUCGUUGUUGAGGAAGCCUGGGCUUUUGGAAAGAUGUCCAUGGUUUGAAGGCCUCCUUUGAUUGCCACCCGGCAUUAGCCAUUAGGACAGAUCAUUAGCCAUACAAAACGCUGGGAUACAUUGACAUUUUUCUGUCCUUAUUGCUCCACCAUAACUCUCCAUUCCUACGGUCCGUUGUCUUAGACAAUGUCAAUUCCCCCAUGUGCUCUCUUUGGUGAAUGUCUGGUGAACCAGCUAGAAGCUCUGACAGUAUUUUAGCAGUAGAGUGUAGGGAGAAGUCUGUGGUGUCUAAAUCCCGUCUUUUGUUCUUGUGGUGGCUUAACAAAAUAUCAUGUGUGCUUCUGUGUCUUGAAUGGUCCACAUGGAUGAGGGUCAGGGGAGGCCACAAGCUCUUUCCCCCACAACCAUGCUUGUUUGUCCCACAUGUUAUCUGAUGGAUCCCACAGCCAGAGUGGACCACCGCAGGGUCAAGAAUGGGUUUGCCACAUGGACUCCACAGGGGAACCGCUAUAGGUUGGAAGCAAGGAGAGGGCCGUGGGUGAUGAAGAUGUGGAAGACAUCAAUCUGUGACUUGGAAAAAAUGUAUUUCAUACCUGCCUCUCAACUGCACAUCUUUGACCAUGAGUGAGCUGGCAUGAAAAGCUUGUGAAGAAUUCUGGACAAUGGUUUAUUUUUUUAACCAUCUAUCUUUCUUGAACCUCUGGCACUUGAGUUUCAAAAGCCUCUGUGAGUCGAUCUUUACUCUCCCAUCUUUGGAUCUUAAUGUAAUUAGCUGCUUCAGGGCUUCAGCUUACGAUGAGCUUUUGAUUGUUGGAACAAUAAAAAAGUGGCUUAAA